AUGUGCAACCCUUCAGGCUGGCAUCACUGUCCAGGUGAAUCUAAUCCAGCUGAUCUGCUAACAAGAGGAGUGCUGCCCGACAUGCUCAUAAAAGACGACUUCUGGUGGAAGGGACCUGAGUGGCUCAACAAUGAAGAGGCCCUCUGGCCGAAAUUCGAAGUUGACACCUUGGAGCUUCCUGAAACAACAUCGCGAGAGGAAAGAAAAAACGCAACAGCGAUGAUGGCGACGGAUGCCGAUGUUAGCACGCCAUUCCUCACUCUUGAGAACCACAGUUCUCUUCUGACUGUGCUUCGAAUCACCGCGUGGAUCAAGAGUUUUAUUCAUAACUGUCGACAGAAAGAUGCUAGGAUUUCUGGCCCGCUAAAUGCGGCCGAAAUCCAAAGUUCGCUGAGACAAUCGAUCCGCCAGGUGCAGAGGGAAAGUUUUCCAGGAGAACUGGAGAUACUAUCAUCGGGCAAAAACACUGUCGGCGAAACGUCUCCACUACGAACCCUGUCACCCUACGUGGACAAGGAUCAAAUAAUGCGCUUGCGAGGAAGGCUGCAACAGCGCGAUGCCGAGACAGCAGUUAAGCAUCCCAUAAUUCUUCCCAAGGAUCACGACUUCACUUCGAAACUCGUCACGCAAGAGCAUUUGCGACUUCUGCAUGGAGGUGUUAGAGACACCUUAGUGCAGCUCCGUGAGUCCUAUUGUAUACUGAGAGGAAGGCAAGCAGUCAAACGAGCUAUUCAUCAAUGUUUGACCUGUCGGAAACGGCGAUCCAAGCCAGCGGAUGAGGCAAUGGCACCACUACCACGCGACCGUGUGGCAGAGGCAGAACCAUUUGUUGUAUCUGAGAUUGACUUCGCCGGGCCUUUGUUCUAUAAAACUGAGACCGGAAGCAGCAAGGCAUACAUAGUUCUGUUCACGUGUGCCGUAACCAGAGCCGUGCACCUCGAAUUGGUAACCGAUCUAACAGCGGCCACUUUUCUAUUGGCUUUCCGUAGAUUUAUUUCCAGGAGAGGGAUAUGCCACACUGUGUACACAGAUAAUGCCCUCACUUUCAAACGCGCAUCGAAAGACCUUAAACAGCUCUGGACCGAAAUGCGAGGCGGCGAAGUACAGGACUAUUUCUCUGGGACGCACAUAACUUGGAAAUUUAUCCUUGAGAGAGCAGCGCGGUGGGGCGGAUUCUGGGAACGGAUGGUGCGCACCGUCAAAACGACUCUCGGGAAGGUCCUGGGCAAAAGUAGCUUGACGCUUGACCAACUAACAACGCUACUCACAGAGGUAGAAGCCAUGGUGAACUCUAGGCCCAUCUCCUUCGUCUACUCGGACAGCAACGAACCCGAUCCCUUGUCACCGGCCACUUUCUCGUCGGUAAGCGUAUAA